ACAACUGCAGCAUACUAGACUCUAUACUCAUAAGCAAAUUCCAAAUAGCUUGUAACAUGCCUAGUGCAGCCAAGCAGGUCCUUUCACUAGCUCAUUUUGUGAUACUUCUAUUGUCAUUGGGAGCUGCUAGUACUUCUCUUGGUCUCAUUCAGGCUAACACUAAUAAUGGGAUGUUGUGCUUCUUUUUCCUUACUUAUUCUCAAGUUAUAGCUGAUGAUGCAGGCCCGACAUUUAACAUGCCCACUUGUAAGUUGAGUAUAGCAAGUGCUGCCAUUGCUACAACAUGCCUGGCUCUGCUAACUGCCAUUGAGCUAAUCAGUGUUUUAUAUCAGACAAAUAUCAAAACGUUGGUUGCCAAGAUUCUCCAAAUUGGAUUCUUUGCUGUUUCUAUUUUGUUCCUAUUCAUUACCACAGUGGUGGUUGCAGCUGGUUGGAGCCAAACAUGUGCCACAUUCAAAAACAUGACAACCACUCAACCUAGUACAGACUUUAGCUUUCAAUGCACUGGAAAGCUACAAGCAUAUAUAAUUGAACCAAAUGGUGCAGAAUUCAUAGCAGCUGCUGUAUGUGCUGGUGUUGGUGCUGUGUUAACUUUUGGAGCUCUUGGUUUCUUUAUUGUGAAGCAGAUGAGGUCUGAUGAUGAUGAAUACGGAACUCUUAUUUCCAAGAACUGAGCAAUAGCUAUAGCUAACUAUAUAAGAACAAGUUUAGAGACUCUUAUUUUUUGAAAUAUUUAGCCCAAUGAUAUUUAAUGUUUAGCAUGCA